AUGAAGAUUAAUGCAUCACUAGUAGCCGCCAUAUCUUUAAUUGGCACUAGUACUACUGUCACUGCCUUACCAUUUUUCGCUUUCGACAAACUAUCUAAAGAUUGUACCACAACUGUGACCACAUCAGGACAUCAACAUAAAAGAGCCAUCGCUGUCGAAUACGUUUACGAAACUGUUUUGGUUGAUAAUAAAGGUAAUACUGUCACUCAGGCGAAUCAACAAACUGCUAUUACUACUACUGUACCAACAUCCACUCUGCAGCCUGUCAACGCUAUCGAAGAUGUUUCUUUUAAAGCUUCUACUAUAGCUAAUACUCCAACUACUAUUCCUACUGCUGCUGGGGAACCUACCACAGUUCAAGAACAAAUUCAAAAUCAAGAGCAAACAACUUCUACUACACAACAAAUUCAAACCACUUCUACCGAACAAGCUGUGCAAAUACCUACUACUACAUCCACAGCACAAGCUUCUACUGCAGAUGCUUCGUCAUCAGCGUCAUCUUCUUCAAAUUCAGGCAGUUAUUACGGUGAUUUAUCAUCCUUUUCAGGUCCAACAAGUGAAUUCCAAGAUGGUACGAUCCGCUGCAGUCAAUUUCCAUCCGGUCAAGGUGUCAUUUCUGUCGAUUGGUUAAACGAAGGUGGCUGGUCCGGUGUUGAAAACACGGACACAUCUACGGGUGGAUCAUGUGCAGAAGGUUCAUACUGUUCGUACGCUUGUCAACCUGGUAUGUCCAAGACACAAUGGCCAUCUGACCAACCUUCCGACGGUAGAUCUGUUGGUGGGUUACUUUGUCAAAAUGGAUACUUAUAUCGUUCCAAUACUGAUUCGAAUUAUUUGUGCGAAUGGGGGGUUGAUGCCGCUAUCGUCGUUUCUGAAUUAAGUCAAGAUGUUGCAAUUUGUAGAACGGAUUAUCCUGGUACUGAAAAUAUGGUUAUUCCUACUUUUGUUACCGCUGGAAAUUCAUUGCCUUUGACUGUUGUCGAUCAAGAUACAUACUAUUCAUGGCAAGGAAUGAAAACUUCUGCUCAAUAUUAUGUUAAUAAUGCUGGUGUUUCCGUUCAAGAUGGAUGUAUUUGGGGUGAUAGUGGAUCAGGAGUCGGUAAUUGGGCUCCAUUGAAUUUCGGUGCUGGUUCCACUGGUGGUAUUAGUUAUUUAUCUCUAAUACCUAACCCAAAUAAUGGAUCACCAUUGAAUUUCAAUGUGAAGAUUGUGGCCGCCGAUGAUCAAUCGACAGUUAAUGGGGAGUGUUAUUACGAAAAUGGUAGUUUCUCCGGGGGUUCUGACGGAUGUACGGUUGCAGUUACAUCCGGUAGAGCUAAAUUUGUACUAUAUAAUUAA